UCGUGAGCAAAUGUGAUAAGUGGUGGAAGAGUAGUUAGGUUAGUAACCAGCAAAGUACUGAAAUUCUUUCAAUAUGAGUGGAAACAUAAUGCCUGAUUGCUGGAAUGAUGAUAUUAGAAUGGGGGCCCUGUUUUCACCUUUUCGAAAACGCAGUGCAAAUCCUUUAGAUUGGGAAAGUAAACUAAAAUUUUGGGAAUCUCUCAUAGAGAAAUGGUGUGUUUGUAAUAAACGUUCAAAAAUAUCACUUCAGCUACUGAAAAAAGAGUUUCAACGCAACGGUACUACACCUUUAUGCCUAGAAAUAGUUGUUGAAGAAAUGCUGAAAAAUGGAACACUGGUGCUCCACUCAGACUUUGUAAAAUUUGUGCCACGAGAGACGUGGACUGCUUGGGUGGUGGAUAUGGUUGUGAAACGUCCUGCAGUUUGGACAUUCAGCAAAGUCCUGGAGGCUUUGGUGUCUUCCAGCAUUGAAGAUGAAACGGAAUAUGUCCACUUGCCUGCAAUUAAGCUGCAGGCCGAGGCGCUGGCGUCGGCGAGGAGCGGCGGCGGGCUGUGGGAGGUGGGGGACGGCGAGGAGGAGACGGCGCUGGCCGCCCACUGGCUGAGGCGGCAGGGCCGCGCCGCGCUGUGCCGGGCCCCCGGGGGCGGGCCCCUGCUGGUGAAGCUGGGCGGGGCGGAACUCACGGAGCUGGACCUGGGCAGACACGCCCUGCGCUGCAGCGAGCGCACCUUGGAGCGCCACGUGGAGGAGCUGGAGGAGCAGCAGGGGGCAGCUCGCGACCAGGCCCGCGAAUACCUGCGGCGCGGCAUGCGGCACAUGGCCAAGAGCUGCCUGAGGAAGCGCAGGCAGCUGGACCAGUGCGCGGAGAAGAGGUUGUCGGCCCUGGAGAACGUGCGUCACCUGCUGGCGCGCCUGCAGGACACGGAGUCAGACGCUCAGGUGCUGGAGGCGUACCGGACAGGCGUGUCUGCUCUGAGGCGGGCGCUGGGCGAGGCGGGUCUCACCGAGGACACGGCUGCCACAGCGGUGCUGCAAGUGCAGGAGGUGCUGGACGUUCACGACGAGAUCAAUGCCGCCCUGUCCCAGCCAAUAGGCUCGUCGGUAGAAGAGGACCUGGAGAGGGAGUUGGAAGGCCUUCUCGGUGACGUCGCCAGUGGCCCGCCGAGUGCCCCAUCCCCAGGUUCGGGCACGGCUGCCCCGGAGACAAAUGCCGCGGUGCGGAACAAAGACGGAGCGCCGGCCAUCGUGUUGCCUGAAGUGCCGUCCCACGAACCAUCUUCUCCAGGCCGUCUGUUGUCCGCGUGACAAUCCAAGCACUUUCAACCGCAAUGAUGGUGAUACUGCUCUGGUGUUAGUAUUGUAUAACAACCUAUUGGUCAGCCUGUGUGAAGAUACUAACGUUAUUGUGUGUUAACUUCUUUCAUGUUUAGCAGUGUAUCUUGUACCUUACCAACUUGUACUGUAUAACAAAUGAUUGAUGCUCAACAUCAAACUUUUGAAUUUGGAUCUCUAAAUGAUUGCUAGACCAAGAAAUUCUCACUUCUAAAGAAAUAAACUGUCUGUGAUAAAAGAAAUCAGUAACUGCAGGUAUGUAGUUUGAAUUGGUAGUUUUUCAGUAUAUGGCUACAUAUGUGAUGAAUAUUAUUUGUAAUAUUUUUUUCCAAAUCUCACUUUCAUAGUCUAGUAUCAGAGGUAAAGUCAGCCUCCAUUUAAGAUUUUCACCCAGUAUUGUGCAGUUAAUUUUUUUUAAUUUUAUUUUAGCAUAUGUCUAUAAAAAUGUUGAUUUGAAGAUAAUUGUAUUUUAAGAUUGUGUAUAAAACUUGUCAUAAUUUAAUAAUUAAAAACCUCCAAGAUAGAUCACUGUGUUGUUUUUUAGGGGCUUGUAAAACAUUUGUUUUAUCUGUUUGGCAUAAUUGUGUACUUAUCUGGAAUUUUUAAAAAAAAAUUACUUUGUAGGAAAGUUCACUCUUUGAAACCAGUUGACAGUAAGUGUGUGUGCGUAUAUUUAUUGAUUGAAAUUUUUUUACUUCUAUAGUUGAACAAGGUUGACAUAUAUAAAAGAAACCAAGCACCCUAUCCUAUGCAUAAGCCUGAGAAAACAUGUUCUAAAGUUACUGUUGUAUUUAUUCUAACUAUAUGGUGUUUGGUUCCAUGCAUUGCAGAUGCCAUCACAGGGUACAAUGAGCUUUGUUCUAUUAUUAUAAACAAUUAGGGGUGUGCGAAGCUUCGAGUAUCUAAUAUAUUAUCGAAGAUAUUAUUUUUAUUUCACUUGAUACUGUCUUUCCUUAAUGUAAUUAACCUUAGAAAUAUUUCAUUAUGAAUUUUGGACUAAGUGGAACCCCUCUAAUAACUUCUCAAAUUGCUCAUAAAAAAUGCACAAUGCAGAUAUUCAUAAAACUAGAGAAAUUUAUCCAUUACUACAAGGCUUUCUCUAGGACCAAAGAAGGUGUUAAUAGGGUUUCCCUGUACUUUAACAAAGAUGACUACCACAAAAAUAC